UUUUCUAUGCAAAUUGGCCUAAAUAUUAUCCCUAUCCCUGAUAAUGCAAUAAAUAAAAAACAAAACCCCGCUCCGACCCUUCCCUCCAAAACCCUUCCCCUCACCUCGUCUUCUCCGGCACCGAUGGCUUCCGCCGCCGACGCCUCCGGGGAGGACGCGGCUGCGGCGGCGAUCUUGCCGCCGUACGAGCUCCGCGCGACGCUCUCCGGGCACAAGCGCGCGGUCUCCGCGGCGAAGUUCUCCCCCGACGGGUCCCUCCUCGCCUCCGCCUCCGCCGACAAAACCCUCCGCAUCUACUCCGCGCACUCGCUCUCCCUCCUCGCCGAGCUCUCCCCCGCCCACGGCGAGGGGAUCUCCGACCUCGCCUUCUCCUCCGACGCGCGCCUCCUCUGCUCCGCCUCCGACGACCGCUCCCUCCGCCUCUGGGACCUCGCCGCCCCCGGAAACCCUACCCUCCUCAAAACCCUAAUCGGCCACACCAACUACGCCUUCUGCUGCGCCUUCAACCCCCAGUCCAACCUCGUCGCCUCCGGCUCCUUCGACGAGACCGUCCGCGUCUGGGAGGUGCGCUCCGGGCGCUGCCUCCGCGUCCUCCCCGCCCACUCCGAGCCCGUCACCGCCGUCGACUUCGACCGCGACGGCGCCCUCAUCGUCUCCGGCAGCUACGACGGCCUCUGCCGCGUCUGGGACUCCGGCACCGGCCACUGCGUCAAGACGCUCAUCGACGACGAGAGCCCGCCCGUGUCCUUCGCCAAGUUCUCCCCCAACGGCAAGUUCGUCCUCGCGAGCACCCUCGACAGCACCCUGCGGCUCUGGAAUUAUUCUGCUGGGAAAUUUCUAAAAAUAUACAAUGGGCAUGUCAACAAGAAGUUCUGCAUUCCGGCUGCAUUCUCGAUUACGAAUGGUAAGUACAUUGUGAGCGGCUCGGAGGACAACUGUGUGUACUUAUGGGACCUUCAAACGAGGAAGAUCGUUCAGAGACUGGAGGGCCACACAGACACGGUCAUCGCCGUUUCGUGCCAUCCCAAAGAGAACAUGAUCGCGUCGGGUGCGCUAGGUAAUGAUAAGACGGUUAAAGUAUGGGUGCAGAAGGAAGAGGAUCAAAUGAUCAAAUGGAAGAGUAAAUAAGAAUUUGGUUUUGCAUGUGAUGUGGAGGCUAACAGAGUAACUUGGACUUCCUCUUUGAGUGGAUUUGAUUGUUGUCUAAAGCUGAAACACUGAGGCAAAAAGAUAAGCAACGCUUAUCUUAUCUACUAAAUGUUUCUUAUUUACAAGAUUUUCAGUUAUUUCCAGCCUUAGUUUUCAUGUGCUCCUUCCAUAUGCGGAUAUGCCUUCCCUCUUUAUUUGUGUCCAUCAGUACGGGCCGUACCCACCAUACCGUAUCGUACCGAUAAGAUAUCGGCAUGAUACGACUCCAUGCCAAUGGCAUCGCUUAAAACCCUUAUAUGCCAUACCGUACUAUGUCAGUAAGUUUUCGACACAAUUGGGUGCCAUAAUUAAGUGUUAUUAUUAAUCUCA